AUGUCACUGACACAAGCAUACCAGUCUGGUCAAGCCACUUCUUUGGCCGUAUACAAUCUACCCACCUCGGCAGACGAAACAGAAGUUCAGUCGGUAUUCCCUUCGGCCAGGUCAGUCAACUUCGUACGAAGUCAUUCUGUGUCUUCGCAAUCUAAAGGCAUGUGCAUCUUGCAAUUCAACAAUGCUCGCGACUGUCAACAAGCCUACGAUGAAUGUCUUCAAGGAAAAGAAAUUGGUGGACAGCUGCUGCAUGCGGAACUGAACGGAGAUUAUCAUUCCAGUUCGUCAGAAAAUUUAAAUGUCAGCCAGCAUUAUGGAGGCAAUUCCAGGGAUUUCAGACGUUCACAUGCCGAUAAUGAGUACAGCCAGCCCACGUAUGAUCCGCAUAGUAGAACUGAUAGUGAGAGUUCUUCCAACGCCUCUUGUACACUCACCGUGUCAAAUCUUCCCUAUACAGCAUCUGAAAGAGAUAUUAUGCGCGAGUUCCCAGAAGCCCUCCGAGUGGCACUUUCGUUAGACGAGCAGGGACGUUCCAGAGGCGUUGCUCACGUGACUUUCUCGAAUUCCGACCAGUGCAGCGCCGCUCUUACUUCCUGCGGAAAUAAGAUGAUGGGCGGUAGGCCUGUACGUGGACGAAUCCAGAGAGACCAGGAGCACAAUCAACAACCGAGUUAUAACAAUCAGCGCCCUUAUAAUCGUGACCAAAGAGAAUACGGUCAACGUAAUCAACGCGACUACAAUCAGCGGAAUUUCAAUAAUCGAGAUCACACCAACCAGCGUGAAAACGGUAACCAGAGAGAUGGCAAUCAACGUGAGUACAAUCAGCGUGAUUAUAGUGGUCAACGUGACUACAACAGACAAGAUUGUUUGGUUUUAGUAAAUAAUUCAACAAUUAAAUCUCCAAAGCCUAGUGCUACUCCGGAAUCAAAAAACAAGCAUCUUGUCAACGGCAAAGGCACUCCAUUGAGAGGUGGAUCAAAGCGUCCAGUCCCUGUCGGCAGCGACGAUAGUGAUGUAGAGGUUGAGACUGGUGCGUUUGGCGGUGAUGCUGGUGAACUAAGGAUGUCACAUAAGAAACUGAAGCUGGCGACUGAAAAGGGGAUGGAACUGCAGAAAAAAGGUCUUGUCAGUGAAGAUGAAGAGGAUGAUGAAGAAGAAAAUGAUAGUGCGGAAGAAGAGGAGGAGGAGGACGAAGAGAAUGGAGAUGAUGACGAUGACGAAAGCGAAGAGGAAGAUGACGACGACGAUAGUGAGGAAGAGGAUGAUGACGACGAUUGUGAGGAGGAAGACGACGACGAUAAUGAGGAAGAAUCUAGUGAAGGAGAGGAAGAAAGUAAUAAAGACAAUUCAAAACUGAAUGCUGAGAAAGGUAAAGCCAUCAACAACCUGGUUGGGUCAAAGGCUGUCCAAAAACCUGGUUCGAUGUUGAACAAUGAGAAAUUGACGGAAAAUAAGGUAUCAAGCAUACCGAGUAAAGUGACUGAGGGGUCUGAGCCACAAAGCAGUACAUCAGGCAAGGUCCUCAUACUACAUGGACCUGAUAACUUGAAUAGUUUGAAAGAAUUCCUUUCCAAAAUUAGCCCAGUGACCAGCAUAAGCAGGAUGGAACCAGCACCCAUAAUGGCUACCAUCGCUAAUAUAAGCAUUUUCAAAAGUCGAUUAAAGUCAGGAAAGUUGAUGUUUCACGGGAAGGAGCUCGAAGUAAUACCUGUAGAGAGAGUCAAGGACGCCAAUAAAGGAAUGCAACCCACCAAAACUUUGUUCGUAGGUGGAAUUCCAAAAUCCAUGACAAUUGAACAACUAAAAAGUCAACUCCCCAACAACUGUCAACCUGUUUCCCUAAAUUUGCUGAAUAAAAACCCUAAAAUCAAUAGUGCAUUUAUGUCCUUCUCCUCUAUUGAUAUGGCUAAGCAAGCUCACCAAAUUUUCAGUUCUUUAACUGUGGAAGGUCAACCGUUCAAAGCUAACUUCGCUAAAGACCAACAGCCUCGAGCUGGUCCUGAUGGGUCCGUAAGAGUCGCAGUUUCAAAUUGGGAUGGUCAUCCGAACCAGUUGCGUAAGCUAUUCCCGACAUGUUUAGACGUUCAGUGGAUUCAGAAAAAACGAAAGGCAUUUCUUAAAUUUCCUUCCUUGGAAGUCCGAAAGGCUGCUGUCUCACAGCCAAAGUUCCAUGCCGGUAAACAGCUGAAACUGGCAUUAACAGGGGGACCAGAGCUCAAGACUGCCAUCGUUUGGGGUUUUCCAGCUGAUACAAAGGAAUCAGACAUCAAAGGAUUAUUUGGUGGCGUCGUUUCAGUGUCACGUGAUACAACUACAGGGAACCAGAGCGCCAUGUGCAUCUUGCAAUUCAACAAUGCUCGCGACUGUCAACAAGCCUACGAUGAAUGUCUUCAAGGAAAAGAAAUUGGUGGACAGCUGCUGCAUGCGGAACUGAACGGAGAUUAUCAUUCCAGUUCGUCAGAAAAUUUAAAUGUCAGCCAGCAUUAUGGAGGCAAUUCCAGGGAUUUCAGACGUUCACAUGCCGAUAAUGAGUACAGCCAGCCCACGUAUGAUCCGCAUAGUAGAACUGAUAGUGAGAGUUCUUCCAACGCCUCUUGUACACUCACCGUGUCAAAUCUUCCCUAUACAGCAUCUGAAAGAGAUAUUAUGCGCGAGUUCCCAGAAGCCCUCCGAGUGGCACUUUCGUUAGACGAGCAGGGACGUUCCAGAGGCGUUGCUCACGUGACUUUCUCGAAUUCCGACCAGUGCAGCGCCGCUCUUACUUCCUGCGGAAAUAAGAUGAUGGGCGGUAGGCCUGUACGUGGACGAAUCCAGAGAGACCAGGAGCACAAUCAACAACCGAGUUAUAACAAUCAGCGCCCUUAUAAUCGUGACCAAAGAGAAUACGGUCAACGUAAUCAACGCGACUACAAUCAGCGGAAUUUCAAUAAUCGAGAUCACACCAACCAGCGUGAAAACGGUAACCAGAGAGAUGGCAAUCAACGUGAGUACAAUCAGCGUGAUUAUAGUGGUCAACGUGACUACAACAGACAAGAUUGUUUGGUUUUAGUAAAUAAUUCAACAAUUAAAUCUCCAAAGCCUAGUGCUACUCCGGAAUCAAAAAACAAGCAUCUUGUCAACGGCAAAGGCACUCCAUUGAGAGGUGGAUCAAAGCGUCCAGUCCCUGUCGGCAGCGACGAUAGUGAUGUAGAGGUUGAGACUGGUGCGUUUGGCGGUGAUGCUGGUGAACUAAGGAUGUCACAUAAGAAACUGAAGCUGGCGACUGAAAAGGGGAUGGAACUGCAGAAAAAAGGUCUUGUCAGUGAAGAUGAAGAGGAUGAUGAAGAAGAAAAUGAUAGUGCGGAAGAAGAGGAGGAGGAGGACGAAGAGAAUGGAGAUGAUGACGAUGACGAAAGCGAAGAGGAAGAUGACGACGACGAUAGUGAGGAAGAGGAUGAUGACGACGAUUGUGAGGAGGAAGACGACGACGAUAAUGAGGAAGAAUCUAGUGAAGGAGAGGAAGAAAGUAAUAAAGACAAUUCAAAACUGAAUGCUGAGAAAGGUAAAGCCAUCAACAACCUGGUUGGGUCAAAGGCUGUCCAAAAACCUGGUUCGAUGUUGAACAAUGAGAAAUUGACGGAAAAUAAGGUAUCAAGCAUACCGAGUAAAGUGACUGAGGGGUCUGAGCCACAAAGCAGUACAUCAGGCAAGGUCCUCAUACUACAUGGACCUGAUAACUUGAAUAGUUUGAAAGAAUUCCUUUCCAAAAUUAGCCCAGUGACCAGCAUAAGCAGGAUGGAACCAGCACCCAUAAUGGCUACCAUCGCUAAUAUAAGCAUUUUCAAAAGUCGAUUAAAGUCAGGAAAGUUGAUGUUUCACGGGAAGGAGCUCGAAGUAAUACCUGUAGAGAGAGUCAAGGACGCCAAUAAAGGAAUGCAACCCACCAAAACUUUGUUCGUAGGUGGAAUUCCAAAAUCCAUGACAAUUGUAAGUUACUUCUUUCUAAACAUUGUAUUAUUCCAGGAACAACUAAAAAGUCAACUCCCCAACAACUGUCAACCUGUUUCCCUAAAUUUGCUGAAUAAAAACCCUAAAAUCAAUAGUGCAUUUAUGUCCUUCUCCUCUAUUGAUAUGGCUAAGCAAGCUCACCAAAUUUUCAGUUCUUUAACUGUGGAAGGUCAACCGUUCAAAGCUAACUUCGCUAAAGACCAACAGCCUCGAGCUGGUCCUGAUGGGUCCGUAAGAGUCGCAGUUUCAAAUUGGGAUGGUCAUCCGAACCAGUUGCGUAAGCUAUUCCCGACAUGUUUAGACGUUCAGUGGAUUCAGAAAAAACGGUGAGUAAAGUUAGUUUUCGGCGAAUUGGUUCAAACGUUUCGUAAACUAGUCACUCACUUAAGUUAUUUAGCGUCAGUUACUAUCGGUCUUACAUUUUCUUCUUCAUACAGAAAGGCAUUUCUUAAAUUUCCUUCCUUGGAAGUCCGAAAGGCUGCUGUCUCACAGCCAAAGUUCCAUGCCGGUAAACAGCUGAAACUGGCAUUAACAGGGGGACCAGAGCUCAAGACUGCCAUCGUUUGGGGUUUUCCAGCUGAUACAAAGGAAUCAGACAUCAAAGGAUUAUUUGGUGGCGUCGUUUCAGUGUCACGUGAUACAACUACAGGGAACCAGAGCGCGUAAGUAUAUUGAUAUCUUGAUAGUUGCCUUUGAAACUAAAUUGUUACUGCCUUUAUCUCAGUUUGAUUAGAUCAGUUUGUCCGUAACGUCUGACAGUGUAUUGCCUUGUUUCAGAUCCA